GCGGGGGGGGCUCGGGGGCUGUGUCCCCCGCCUCCCUCUGGUCCCGCCGGCCUUCCGUGUGCUCGCCGUUGAGCACCCCCCUGUGCGAUGCUUCUCUCGGUUCUCUCUCCUUUCCUCCUUCACCGCCUCUUCUUUGGUCCGUUCCAGUGUGAGAUGUCCCUGCUUAUUGUAGGGGGGUUGGAGUAGGUGACCCUUAGAGGUCCCUUCCAACCCAGGACAUUCUGUGAUUCCUUUAAAAACGCCGUCCUCCCCCUCCUCUUACAAGCACCCUCCCUCACCUCCCCCAGUGACUCACCUUUCUCACCUCCUCAGCAAAAUCCGACGACCCGAGUUCCCAAAAAACGUUUUCCUACUUCUGAAACUUGACACUCCCCCCCCCCUCCCUGCCCACUUCAUUUCCGCUCAGCCUGUCCUUUUUGCUGUCAGGUUUUAUAUCCUGACCUGCUCUUGUAGCUGCUGCAUCCCAUCAGGAAUUGCAUCAACCCCAUGGAAGUCACCCCCCUUCACCUGCUGACCCCACUUCCAGGCACUGCUGGGGAACUGCAUCAUCUUCUGAUACCUCACAGGAGUUUUUCUUCUGCCUGAAGCCUGACAUACCCCAAUUGACUGUUUCACCUUUGUCCUCUUUGAUCUCAGGUUGCACCUUGGAUUUUACAAAACGUUAUUUCCUUCUGCAGCCUCUUAAUAAAAUAUUCUCUGGCUCUUGUUCACCUCUUUUAUUCUGUUUGUUCCUGGUGGGUGCUACUCUGAAGAAACAUUUACCUUCACAGAGGAUGGGUGUGCUGGCAAUUUAAAAAUCCUCCUACUUGAGCUUUGAUCUCAAAUUCCUUACUUUUAAAAUUAUUUUACUAAUUUAUAUUUUUAUUAUUUAUUUAUUUUUAAUUCUGCCAUCCUUAGCAACUACUUCAUUUCUUUCUUUCAGUGUAGUCUCCUUGUAUCAACUUUUAUUUUGCCUCCUUUUUAAGCUUUUUCUGCUUCCUUUAUUUCCUGUGGUUUUUAAACUCAUAACCUUGCUUAUAGGUUCCUGAACCCAUUUCUCCUUAUCUCUUUGUGUUUGGACUAGUGCAAUUUACAGAACUUGCUGUUUUAGUUUUUACUUGUGAGUUGUAUAGUUCAUGGUCUCUCUUGAUCUCAAGUGGUGCUGUAUAUUUUGGUACUGGAUGUUUGUCACAGUGAAUAAUUUUUUAAAAAGACAACUUGUUUGGGACAUAUUUUCCUGCUGAUUGGUAACUGGACCCUGCUUUACAUCAAGAAUGUCCAGAGUUCCUCUUUAAAAGUUCAUUCUUACUCCAAUUUAAUACACUUUUAUUAAUUCAAAUAACCGUAACUUACUGAUAUUUUUUGGCAGUGUUAUGGGAAAUCAUUUUAGAUUACAGGCUUUUAUUAAUGGCUUUUAAGUUUUUUCUCUUUGUUUCUGCUGCUUCCUCAUUUUUGGGCUGUUUGGAGAGGAUACUGUGGAACCCUAAUCUUGAAUUUGCUCUCCCAUUUGCAGUUUGUCCCUGUUUGAUUAUACAGCCCCAGCUUUGUGAUCCUAUUUGGAUUGGGAAAUAUGAUAUUCCUGAUCAUUUUAUUGUUCAUUCACUUCUCUCUAACCUCCAGGUCUCUUUCCUCUCAAAACCAGCACAGGCAAAAAUUGUUUUCAUUCUUCAGAACCAGGUUUGAGGUGAUUUUGAUUAUUUGAUUCUUUGAUUAUGGUGGAUUCCAUUCUGCUGGGACCACUGCUGGUCAUUUCUUCUGCUGUAAUCUCCCUUCAUGCAGAUUUUUUUGAAAAGUAGUCUUAGAAACCUGUGUUUGAAUCCAUUAAAUUGUGGAUAGGUCAUGAAAGGAUCUAGAAUCUAUGAGUCCAGGCAAGUUUCUCUCCCCUGAAGCUGCUUGCCUGGCUUCCUAUUUGGCAGGGCAUGUGUGCCACUAACUUCAUGGAGGAGCAAGAAGGACAAGACUUGCCCUGUUGCUGUGUGGAAGGAGCAGCUCUGGCAGCCCAGUUCUGUGCCAGAUCCUAAGUAAUGCAGUUGUGGCUUCAUGCACUGUUUGAAGUGAGACACUGGGAUCUGCUCCUGGCAACUGGAAAAGAGCAUGUCCUGUCUGGCCGUGCUGUGGUUUGCUGGAGCACGUGCAAGACAGGAAGGGGGGAAGCCUGGGAUUCCAAGGGUUUUUCUUUUCUGAGCACUCUUUCUUUAAUUCAUGCUGCCAGGGUUCCUGUGAUCAAGCUGUUGUUGUUUUGUUGUUUUUUUUUUCCUGGUGAAUUUGAACAAUUAAAAAAACAAAGGAUGAGAAACUGUGUAUCUGGAAGGAUCCACCACUGAGGUUUUGUGGGUCAGCCAGGAGUGGAGUUCUCUAACUGCAGAAACAAGCAGCUUUCUUUGAGAUGUGGAUUUUGGACCAUCCUCUUCCUUCUGAACUGGAAAGGCAGAAAGCAGACUCUACCCUUGAGCUGUGUCAGGAGUUGUCCAACACAUUUCCAGGGUAUCCUUGUGUGAUUCCUUUCUUCUCAGCUCCCAAAAUCUCUUCCAGCUUGAGGAAGGUGAGGGACCAGCCAUAAGCUGGAGUGCUCCAAUUCCAGGCAACAGACAUCAGAGAAAGAUGCCAAUGGUUGGCUGCUAGGGAAAAUAAGGAGAAAACAAGCAGAGAUUUAGAAAACAUGACUGAAGGGAAGAGAACUCAAUCUAAAAGAAAGGAAAAAAAACCUUAAGUCCUCAGGAAAACAAAAGAUGGUGGAAAAGACCAAGAUGAAGCAGUUCUCCUUGUCCACAACAGAGAGAAUUAGAAAUAAUGGGUUUAAGUUGAAAUAAUUAAGAUUGAGGUCAGACAUUAGAAAUAUCAUUUGGGUGUUUAGCUACACAGGGAGAUUUGGCUUCUGUGGGAAGUGACUAGGGAGAGAAAGCUUUAGGUCUCUGAAAGUCUUGAUUGCUCUAGGAAUAUGGCAAUGCCAUAGGUUUGUUCAUGGCUUUUCUGUUGGGUUGGUUUGCUUGGAGUGUUUUUUUAACCUCACUUACUGUUUUUAAUUAGUAAGGCAGCCAAAGAAACAGUGUAUCUCCCAGGUCUUUUAGGAGAUCAUUGUCUUUGUUGAACGUUUUAGGGAGAAGAUGAAAAUGCUGAUGUGAGAGGAUAUUCUGGGACCUGAUCCCUCCUGCUAGUUUUAAAAGUUGAGCACCCAGUCCUUGUGCAGAUUUAGCACAUACAAUGAUUUGCCCAAAAUCUUGCACAAAAUCCCCAGGAGGACUGGUAAUUCAGCAAGUCUGCUGGUCUUCAGUUUGCUUGUCACAAAAUCAGAUGGAUAAAGUCUGUAAUAGUGUUUCCUUCCCAUCUUCUUGGGGCAAAGACAGAAUUUUAUUCAUGUGUUAGCCUGAUGUUAUGUGUUAAAUAUCCUUUUUCCAGACUUUGGUUCAACUUUGUGAUGUCUUCCCCUGAAAUUGCUUCCCUUUCUUGGGGUCAGAUGAAGGUGAAAGGCUGUUCCACGACUUACAAGGACUGCAAAGUGUGGCCAGGAGGAAGCAGAACCUGGGACUGGCGAGAGACUGGGACUAAUCAUUCUCCAGGAGUGCAACCAGCUGACCUUGAAGAAGUUGUCAAGAAGGGUGUCAAAACCAUGGUGAUUGGUCGUGGCAUGAGUGAGGCUUUGCAGGUUCCACCAUCUACCGUGGAGUAUCUGAAGAAGAACGGGGUUGACGUGUUGGUCCUGCAGACAGAGAAGGCUGUGGCAGAGUACAAUGCCCUGGCUGCUCAGGGUGUCAAAGUGGGGGGAGUUUUCCAUUCAACCUGUUGAAGUGUUGCAGCUCAGAGUGCCCUCCCUGGCCCACACCUCUCUGCUGCAUCAGGUUACAGCCCAGCUUGGGCCUACAAGCCAGAGCAUUUGUGCCCUGCAAUCCAAAAGGGAAGGAGACUUUAUUAGUUCGGGAUUUAAACAGAGUGCUCACAAAAUCAUUUCAAUAUAGAACUGUUUCCAUGCAUUCUUGAGGUUGGCCUAGUUUUCCUCUGAAGACUGUCUGUGUUCUGGGUACUUUUAACCUGUUGGCUAAAUUAAGAUACUAGGUUGUGAGUCCUUUUAUUAGGAGAUGGCCUGAAGUUGCAUGAUUUGCUAUUGAAAUGCAGACAUAAAAGAUUUGAGGAGCACAAUCAAGCAUUGGGUAUGAAGCAGUGGCAAAGAAGGACUUCACCACCACUCUAUAAAGAAUUUAAGAAUAAAAUAAAUUAUUAAGCGAACCCAGAACAUACAACUUUGCACUCCAGCUGGUGCCUUCAGUCGAGAUAUUGGCUACACAGAUCUGUGAGGAUACAAGAACAUCACAUGAUUUAGCACUUUUAAAGUUUACAGUGAACCUGGAGAAUGGAAUAAUAAUAAAAAAAAAUCUACAGGGAAUAAACAAAAUUGGGGCCUUAAAGAAUUUUCCUGUUCAUUGUGAACUGUGAGGACUGAGUUGUGCAAUACAGAUCUCUUCAAAAAGUCUCUACGUGCUUAAAGUCAUCAGAUUUGUCACAAAAGUAGAGUUUGCAACACAAAAUGUUAGGAAAUCAGUCCAAAUUGCUGCUGGCAAACUGGGGAUGGAUGUGGGAAUUCUCACUGGUCAUCAUCCUUUAUCUGAUGAUUUAAACCUUGUGCCAACAAGUGUAUUUAUUACACUGAAAGCUGGAGAAGUGAGAUAGUUGCUGUUCUUGGUGGGCUUCUGUUACUGGUACCAGUUUCAGUGAGCUACAGCAGGCUCACUGGAUCUGGGAUCUGGUUCUGGAUCUGUGCAUGGUGAGUGUGUUAGGGAAAGUCCAAAGCUGGGCUGUGCAAGCUCUGGGGCACACAGAGCAAUCCUAGGGGUAGCAGAGGGGGCUUAGAUUGCUCUGAGAAGGCAACAGCUUUCCCAAGACCUACAAAUAACCCUUCAGAAAAUACCACCUUCUUGUUCUGUUUAUUUUGAUGUAGUAAUAACUGAAAUAUUUGAAUCUGAUAAAAUACAGUGUGGUGUAAGAGCAAAGGGAAAGUGAACACUUGAAAGUCUGAGCCUGCAGUCUCCUCAGUGGAGCAAUGUUUUCUGUGAGUGUAGCAAUAAUAUUUGAGGCAACGUCUUAUCUAAACCAGCAAGAGCUGCCUCUCCUGCUGCAGCUGUGUGCUCUGACACAGCAGCCAGGAUCUUGCUGGUCAUAAUUGCUGGGACAUUAUUUCAGCUCAUUUGCAUGGUGAGAAGCAGAAGGCGACCCACUGACCCGGAAGGCUGUGUCAUCCCACAGGAGCACCAGUAGAACCAGUUCCUACCAAUCCACAGAGUGUGGAGACUUCUUGCAUUCAAUGUUGUUACGCUGUAGCAGAGGGGGUUUGAUUCUUUUGAUCACAGUCGUGUCUUGGCCUUAGUUCAUGAGGUUUUUGGACCUGGAGGCAGCCUAGAGUAGGAAGAGGCUUCAUAAGGCUUGUACUGAGAGGACAAUCCUGGUUUCCUAAGUGCUGCAGUACAUGUUGGAAGGAUCUGAGCAACCACCUGAUCUUUCACCACCAGGUUUUUGGUUUAUGUUGUUCUAUUUUCGUAAUAAUGAUGAAGCCACAUUCAACAAAACUGCUCAGCCCAGGCCCUGCACUGGAGACAAAACACGGUGGGUUCCUUGCGCUGCUGCUGCGUGUUUUGUCCUCCCAAAAAGCAGGAGAGGGGUGGAGCCAGUUUUGCCAGGUGACUUCCAGAGGUGGGUCCUACCCGGCUUUGUGCUGCAGCCUCUUAAUUGUUCCUUUCGUUUGGCAGCCUGUAGGACACAGAAGGUUCCACUCACAGAACGGGGAGCUGCAGCCUGCAGAGAAACCAGUUUCCCUUUUGAAAGGUAAAGCACUUAAGUUCUGCUACCCUCACUCCAACGUUUUGGUGUCAACGAGGGGAUAAUCUGCUGCAAGUCUUUUCCCAUCCCUAUUUGCUGUUCCUGCCCUGGUCACAGCUUCCUGAAGUCAGCUUUGUCAGUUCCCACACAAGUGGCUGGUCCACUUGGGCUGCUCCAGUCACCGACAGCCCAGUUUUCCUCCUUGGUGCCUGAAAUGACUUUGCUGCAUGGUGGGAACAGCUGGGACUGAUUCAUCAAAAAGAAAAUAUUCACCCAGAGCUCAAAGCUUCAUUAAAUCGCUGCUUUCAGCCAGAGCCAGAAAUAAAUUGUUAAAAUUAUCAGGCUCAUCACCCAAAUCAUGGGAAUGCACUUUUGCAGGGCAGGAUUUCUCCCCCCCCACACAUUUCUCUGCCUCUCACCAGGGACUCGCUCUCCCAGUGGGCAGUGAACCCCUCACCCCAGGCUCUGAUGAAAGCAGAGCCAGGCUGGGCUGGUUGCCAGGAGGAUUCCACCCAACUGGGCUCGUCCCCAGCCCUUAUCUUUGUGGAGCAGCACAUGUGAGCUGGCAGCCAGGGGGGGACAGGCCACAGAACAGCUCACAGACACACCAAAGCAACACGAGCAGCCUUUCUCAGGGACACCAGGCAGCCUUUGUGCAAAGCCUCGUGGCUUGGAGCUUCCUGACUUGAAGUCCCCCCUUCACACUGUGUUGUUACCAAGAUGAAAAGUAGAAAGGCAGCCAGCUCCCCAAUUCCUGGUGCUUGCUGGCAACAGACUGGAGAGAAAUGAGAUUAAAAUAGUGAUGGUAUCACUGGCCUGGUCAGAAGAAUUGAGGAAUUGUGAGGAAAGGCUGAGAGAGCUGGGUCUGUUGAGCCUGGAGAAGAGAGGAGGGAUCUCUCCAAUGCUUAUAAAUAUGUAAGGGGGUGUCAGAAGGAUGGGACUCUUCUCAGUGGUGUCCAGUGACAGGACAAGGGGAAAUGGUCACAAAUGGGAAUAUGGGAGGUUCAACCUCAACAUAAGAAAGAACUUCUUUACUGUCAGGGUUACAGAGCCCUGGGACAGGCUGCCCAGAGAGGUUGUGGAGUCUCCAUCCCUGGAGACGUUCCAACCCUACCUGGACGUAUUCCUGUGGGAUCUGCUCUAAGGGAUCCUGCCCUAGCAGGGGGUUGGACCAGAUGAUCUCCAGAGGUCCCUUCCAACCCCAACCAUUCUGUGUGUGAGAAGCCAAACAAGGAAGACAGGCAUCCAGAGGUGACCCAUCUCCAUGAGCUGGAACCCAAGAUGAUGGCGUAUGGUCCCGAUUUAAACGCAUGCCCAGUUCUUUCAUCUUCCCAAGAACUUGCUUUGCAUUUCUGCAGUGAGUCCAUCUACCCACUUCAUUUUUCUGUACAUUUUAAAGCAAGAGAUGUGAAAGUCACACCAGGUUUGAGUAAGUAUCUCAUAAGCUUCAAACUUUGUGCCCAAUACACUUAUGCAUUGUUUUAAGGGUUCUUGACUUAAUAAAUGCAUCAUUUGUUAGCAAA